AUGCACUCCAUGGACACACAGCUGGAGUGGCAAAUGGAGACCACCAAGAGCCUGGUGGACUCCUAUGUGGCCAUUGUCAACAAGACUGUGUGGGACCUCCUGGUUGGUCUCAUGCCCAAGACCACCGCACAUCUCAGGAUCAACAACGUGCAUGCACUGCCUCAUGGGGGCAGAGGCUCCUGUGGCACUGGGGAUGCAGAUCAAGGAGUUCAUCUUGGAUCUGCUGGCCAACCUGCACUCACAUGGAGACAAGAACACGUUGAUGGAGGAGUCGGCAGAGCAGGCAGAGCAGUGCAACGAGAUGCUGUGCAUGCACCACGUGCUAAGGGAGGCGCCCAGCAUCAUCAGCAACAUCAACACCACCACCGACAGCAUGCCCACGGGGGCCCAUGGAUGACUCCUGGCUGCAG